AAAAACAGGAAAGUGUGCUAGUAUUUUUUGUGAAAUUCUUGCAGAGAUACUUUGGUGGGAAUUAAAAACUGAAAAUUAAUAUUUCGUAGAGUUGCAGUCAUGCCAGAGCCUGAAGCCGGAAAGGACCUUCCAGUGAGAGUGGCACUUCGAUGUCGACCUUUGAUUACAAAAGAACUAACUGAAGGAUGUCAGAAAUGUCUGAUAUUUGUGCCAAAUGAACCACAAGUGAUCAUUGGCAAUAACAAGUCCUUUACGUAUGACUAUGUUUUUGAUCCGGAUUCUAAGCAGUCUGCAGUUUAUGAGAAAGCAGUCUCUCCAUUAGUUGAAGGCAUCUUCCAAGGUUACAAUGCCACUGUAUUGGCAUAUGGUCAGACUGGUUCUGGUAAGACGCACACCAUGGGUAGCGGCUACUGUGAGGCACAGGCCGAAGACGAGCAGUUAGUUGGUGUGAUACCAAGAACUGUGAAGACUCUCUUCAAUAAAAUACAAGAGUGUGAGGAAUCUGACUUUACUGUGAAAGUUUCUUACCUUGAGGUGUACAACGAAGAUAUUAAUGAUUUAUUGAGUCAAUCAGCAAAAAAGGAAAGUUUACCUAUACGAGAGGAUAACACUGGUGGUAUCAGGGUUCAGGGUCUUGAGGAAGUUUUGGUUGCAGGUUUUAAAGACACUAUGUCAUGCUUAGAGAAAGGUUCUGUUGGAAGAACCACCGGGUCAACUGCAAUGAACGCCACAUCCAGUCGAUCACAUGCCAUAUUUACGAUGCAUAUUGAACAAAGAAAAAAAGAAAAUAGUGAAGACUUAUUAUCUGCCAAGUUUCACUUGGUGGAUCUGGCAGGAUCAGAGAGAGCCAAAAGAACACAUGCUGAAGGAGAGAGAUUUAAAGAAGGUAUAAAUAUCAACAAAGGCUUGUUGGCACUGGGAAAUGUAAUAAGUGCCCUCGGAGAUGAGAACAAUAGAAAAGGACAUGUUCCGUAUCGGGAUGCUAAGCUUACCCGACUAUUGCAAGGUUGGCGAUUCAUAUUUCAUGGCGUUAUUGUUAUUUCACUCUGCUAA